ACACACACACACACACGCACACGGAGCUACAACACGCCGCUGUACUCUGAUGGAGCCGCCAGUGUGCGUGCGUGAGUCCGGCAGAGCCUUGUGAGGAAGCCACGCUGCGGGUCUGAACCGACGCUGACACAUUUCUUCUUCCCCCCGGCGGGUGAUGGCGAGCCUGGCCGCGGCUUGGAGGCGCGCACAGUAGAGCCGCACCGGAGCAAGGCUGACUGCGGAACCCGAAGGAAUGCGCCGCAUGCCGCUCUGACGCCGUCCGCUCAAGUUAACGUUACCGGAGGUCAGUUCAGCAGCUGAUGCCCGGGCUCUGCUGUCAAGUUUACGCGCUGCGUUCCCAAUCAGCUGCUGCUGGGUCCAAGGUGCUCCCUUUGAAUGAAUGAAUGACGCCACCGCUUAACAGGUCCUUCCAGCAGAGAGGGUGCCCCGCGUUAAAGGGACUGGAACAACUAACACCGCUUUUGAGAUUUCCCCAAACGCGACACCUCGCAGGCUACUGAGCGCAUUUGGAGUCAUUUUUCCCCCCCUUGCUGCUGUGGAUGUGAGUGGAGCGCAUCAGCAACUGGCCUGUCUUGAACGAACCAAGAGAUCCGGUUUAAAAUGAGAAGAAACAUGUGAAGGGUCUUGUGAAACUUCAACCCACAAGUUGGCCUUCAUCGACAGAAAGUCACAGGUCACCUCCUUCUUCUUCUUCCUCUAAACCACUCUGUCUGCUCAUUCAGCGGUUUCCUUGCAGGACAAGUAAACAUGGAUGGUCAGAAGGCUAAACACAGAACUUUCUCACAUUCCCCCAAGUUCGGAGCAGCUGCGGGUCUUUUGUUUGUCUGGCUUUUGGCGGUUCCUGUCACAGACGGGCAGACUUUCACUAGUUUCCACCCGGAAAGACGGGAUUGGGUUUUCAAUCACCUGACCGUUCACCAAACCACUGGCGUAUUAUAUGUUGGAGCAGUCAACCGUGUGUACAAGCUGUCAGGCAACCUGACCCUCCUUGUUUCCCAUGAUACCGGCCCGAAGGAUGACAACAAGGCCUGCUACCCUCCUCUAAUUGUCCAGCCCUGUUUUGAGCCCCUUGUGCCCACCAACAAUGUCAACAAGCUCCUCCUCAUCGAUUACUCCCAGAAUCGGCUGCUGGCCUGUGGCAGCCUCUACCAAGGUGUGUGUAAGCUCCUCAGAUUGGAUGACCUGUUUAUUUUAGUGGAGCCCUCCCACAAGAAGGAGCACUACCUCUCCAGCGUCAACCAGACAGGGACCAUGUACGGGGUGAUCGUGCCGUCACAGGGCCAGGACGCCACGCUUUUCAUCGGCACGGCAGUGGACGGCAAACAGGACUACUUCCCCACUCUUUCCAGCCGGAAGUUGCCCCGAGAUCCGGAGUCCUCUGCCAUGCUUGACUACGAGUUGCACACUGAUUUCGUGUCGUCCCUUAUCAAGAUCCCCUCAGACACGCUGGCGCUCGUCUCACAUUUUGACAUCCACUAUGUUUACGGCUUUGCCAGCGGCAGCUUUGUUUUCUUCCUGACUGUCCAGCCGGAGACGCCGGAGAACAGCAUGUCGUCAAGUGGAUCCGGCAGCGAUCUCUUCUACACGUCCCGCAUCGUUCGCCUCUGUAAGGACGACCGGAAGUUUCACUCCUACGUCUCCCUGCCUAUUGGCUGCGUGAAGAACGGCGUCGAGUAUCGCCUGCUGCAGGCCGCCUACCUCGGCAAGCCGGGCCGGAUCCUCGCCGCUUCGCUCAACCUCAGCGCGCAAGACGAUGUGCUGUUCACCAUCUUCUCCAAGGGCCAGAAGCAGUUCCAUCGACCGCCAGAUGACUCAGCGCUCUGCGUCUUCACCAUCCGAGACAUCAAUGCCAGAAUCAAAGAGCGCCUGCAGUCCUGCUAUCAGGGAGAAGGAAACCUGGAGCUCAACUGGCUCCUAGGGAAGGACGUACAGUGCACUAAAGCGCCUGUGCCCAUCGAUGACUCCUUCUGUGGCCUGGACAUCAACCAGCCACUUGGCGGCUCUCAGCUGGUGACUGGCCACACGCUCUACACUGAGACUCGGGACCGCAUGACUUCUGUGACUUCCUACGUCUACAAUGGCUACUGUGUGGCUUUUGUGGGCACCAGGAGUGGACGUCUAAAGAAGAUUCGUGUUGAUGGGCCUCCUCACGGCGGAGUCCAGUACGAGACGAUCUCGGUCAUAAAGGACGGGAGCCCCAUCCUCAGAGACAUGGCCUUCUCUCUUGACCGCAGCUCUCUCUACGUCAUGUCCGAGAGACAGGUUACCCAGGUUCCUAUUGAAUCCUGCGAGCAGUACGGGACCUGUGGAGAGUGUCUGAGCUCUGGGGACCCUCACUGUGGGUGGUGUGUCCUGCAUAACACAUGCUCUCAGAGGAAUUGGUGUGAGCGUGCAGAUGAGCCAUAUCGUUUCGCUGCCUCUCUCAACCAGUGUGUGAAGGCCACCGUCUAUCCCGACAGCAUUGCAGUGUCAGAGCCUAGCGUGCCUCUGCUGGUGAAGGUGAGCGAUGUCCCAGACCUUUCUGUGGGCAUCACCUGCUCCUUUGGCAACCUGACGGAGAUUGAGGGGCAGGUAAACGGCAACCAAAUACUCUGCGUGUCUCCUGCCGCGAAGGACGUCCCGCUCAUACCGACGGACCAAGACUGGUCAGGUGUUGAGCUGAGGCUUAACUCUAAGGAGACUGGUCAGAUGCUCAUCAGCACCGAGAUCAAGUUUUACAACUGUAGUGUCCACCAGCUGUGUCUGUCCUGUGUGAACAGUGCCUUCCGCUGCCAUUGGUGCAAAUACCGCAACCUGUGUACCCAUGACCCCUCAAGCUGCUCUUUCCAGGAGGGACGAGUCAACACCUCCGAGGACUGUCCCCAGCUGGUGCCCUCUGAGGAAAUUCUGAUCCCAGCAGGGGAGGUGAAGCCAAUCACCCUAAAGGCCAAGAACCUGCCACAGCCCCAGUCUGGCCAGCGAGGCUAUGAAUGUGUCCUCCACAUCCCGGGGGGCAGCCAUCGAGUCACUGCCCUCCGCUUCAACAGUUCCAGCGUACAGUGUCAGAACAGUUCGUAUCUGUACGAGGGGAUGAAGAUCAGUGAGCUGCCUGUGGAUUUCUCAGUGGUGUGGAAUGGCAACUUCAUUAUUGACAACCCAGAGAAUAUUCAAGUGCACUUGUACAAGUGUGCAGCCCAGCGGGACAGCUGCGGCAUGUGCCUGAAGGCAGACAGGAAGUUCCAGUGCGGCUGGUGCAGCGGAGAGGGAAGGUGCACGCUGCGACAUCACUGCCCUCUCAUCAACCCUUACACCACUCGCUGGCUCAACCUAUCUACCAAGAAUGUGAAGUGUACCAACCCACGCAUCACCGAGGUGACCCCCGUAGCUGGACCCCCGGAGGGAGGCACUCGGGUGACGAUCUAUGGGACAAACCUUGGCCUGGCUUUCUCCGACAUGGUGGACAACGUAGAGGUGGCCGGUGUCAGAUGCACGCCUGUGGAGGAAGGCUACAUAAUCGCUGAACAGAUCGUGUGCGAGAUGUCUGCGGCUCCGGCAGACAGUCAGCCCGGCCCGGUCCAGCUGUGUGUGGGUGAAUGCAGACCAGAACUCAAGACUCGCUCCUCACAACUCUACUCCUUUGUGACUCCAACCAUCACAGGGCUGUCCCCAAGCAGAGGUCCAGAGUCUGGAGGCACUAAAGUCACCAUAAUGGGAGAAAACCUUGACGCCGGCAGCACUGUCAACGUUCAGUUUGGGAACCAGACGUGCGAGUUCUUCGGACGGACCAUGAAGGUGAUAAUCUGUUACUCGGCCCCGUCUCUGACCGGGGUCGGCCCGGUACAGAUCAGCGUCAGCGUGGAUAAUGCCCAAAUCAGGGAGAGCCUCACCUUUCAGUACAUAGAGGACCCCACCAUCCUGCGAAUCGAGCCGGACUGGAGCAUCGCAAGUGGCCACACCCCUCUGAUGGUGACAGGCACCAAUCUGGAUGUGGUCCAGGAACCCAGGAUCCGGGUGAAGUACGCCGGCCGGGAGUCUGUUAAUGUGUGCAAAGGGCUCAACAGCACGACCAUGAGCUGCUUCGCUCCGUCCCUCAUGGCAGAGUACCUUCCGGGUCUGGACACCGUGAAACACGCGGACGAGUUCGGCUUCAUCUUCAACAACGUCCAGGCGCUGCUGGUCUACAACAACACGAACCUCGUGUACUACCCAAACCCUUUCUUUGAACCCCUCAGCACCUCUGGUGUCCUUGAGCAAAAGCCUGGUUCACCAAUCAUUCUCAAGGGCAGAAACCUGAUUCCCCCGACGUCUGGAGGGGUGAAGCUUAACUACACCGUACUGAUAGGCGAGACUCCCUGCUCUGUCACCGUGUCCGAGAGCCAACUGCUGUGUGAGCCGCCCAACCUCACUGGCCAAUACAAAGUCGUGGUUCAAGUUGGUGGCCUCCACGUAUCUCCCGGAGCGGUGCACAUCAUGUCUGACAGCCUCCUGACCCUCCCCGCCAUUGUUAGCAUCGCAGCAGGUGGAGGUCUCCUCCUCAUCAUCGUCAUCCUCGUGCUCAUCGCCUACAAGCGCAAGUCGCGAGAGAACGAUCUCACCCUGAAGCGCCUGCAGAUGCAGAUGGACAACCUGGAGUCGCGUGUGGCCCUGGAGUGCAAAGAAGCCUUUGCAGAGUUGCAGACAGACAUCAACGAGCUUACCAGUGACCUCGACAGAGCCGGUAUCCCCCAUCUGGACUACAGAACAUAUGCCAUGAGAGUCCUCUUCCCCGGCAUUGAGGAUCAUCCCGUCCUCAGGGAACUGGAGGUGUCGGGCAAUGGCCAGCAGAAUGUGGAGAAGGCCCUGAAGCUGUUCGGUCAGCUCAUCAACAACAAAGUGUUCCUGCUCACCUUCAUACGAACGCUUGAGAUGCAGCGCUCCUUCUCCAUGAGGGACCGCGGCAACGUGGCCUCGCUCAUCAUGACGGCCCUGCAGGGGCGUCUGGAGUACGCCACGGAUGUCCUCAAACACCUGCUGUCGGACCUGAUCGACCGCAACCUGGAGAGCAAAAACCACCCCAAGUUGCUGCUGCGCAGAACAGAGUCGGUUGCUGAGAAGAUGCUCACGAACUGGUUCGCCUUCCUCCUUCACAAAUUCCUCAAGGAGUGUGCAGGGGAGCCGCUGUUCAUGCUGUACUGCGCCAUCAAGCAGCAGAUGGAAAAGGGGCCCAUCGACGCCAUCACCGGAGAGGCCCGCUACUCCCUGAGCGAAGACAAGCUCAUCCGCCAGCAGAUCGAGUACAAAACCCUGAUCCUAAACUGCGUAAACCCGGACAACGAGAACAGUCCGGAGAUCCCCGUGAAGGUGCUGAACUGCGACACGAUCACGCAAGUGAAGGAGAAGAUACUCGAUGCCGUUUACAAGAACAUGCCCUACUCUCAGCGGCCGCGGGCUGUCGACAUGGACCUAGAAUGGCGUCAGGGGCGAAUGGCUCGCGUCGUGCUGCAGGAUGAAGACAUCACCACCAAGAUUGAAAACGACUGGAAAAGACUCAACACGCUCUUGCACUACCAGGUUUCGGACCGCAGCGUGGUGGCUUUGGUUCCCAAGCAGACCUCGUCGUACAACAUCCCUUCUUCAGCGAGCAUAACCCGUACCUCCAUCAGCAGAUAUGACUCUUCGUUCCGUUACACGGGUAGUCCAGACAGCCUCAGGUCGCGCGCUCCCAUGAUCACGCCGGACCUAGAAAGCGGCGUAAAGGUGUGGCACUUAGUGAAGAACCACGAACAUGGAGACCAGAAGGAAGGAGAUCGGGGCAGCAAGAUGGUUUCUGAGAUUUAUCUAACCCGGUUGCUAGCCACAAAGGGCACUCUACAAAAAUUUGUGGACGAUCUGUUUGAGACGUUGUUCAGCACGGUUCAUCGAGGGAGCACGCUUCCCCUGGCCAUCAAAUACAUGUUUGACUUCCUGGACGAGCAGGCGGACAGGCACGGCAUUUACGACACAGACGUCCGUCACACCUGGAAAAGCAACUGCCUUCCGUUGCGUUUCUGGGUGAACGUGAUCAAGAACCCUCAGUUUGUGUUUGACAUCCAUAAGAGCAGCAUCACGGACGCCUGCCUAUCUGUGGUAGCUCAGACCUUUAUGGAUUCCUGCUCCACUUCAGAGCACCGGCUGGGCAAAGACUCCCCCUCUAAUAAACUGCUCUACGCUAAAGACAUCCCCAAUUAUAAGAGCUGGGUAGAAAGGUACUACGCUGAUAUCACCCGGAUGCCGGCCAUUAGCGACCAGGACAUGAACGCAUAUUUGGCCGAGCAGGCCAGACUCCACUCAACGGAGUUCAACAUGCUCAGCGCUCUCAACGAGAUCUACUCUUAUGUCAGCAAGUACAGCGAGGAGAUCGUUUCCGCCCUGGAGCAGGAGGAGCAGGCGAGGAAACAGAGGUUGUCCUACAAGGUGGAACAGCUCAUCUCUGCCAUGUCGUUGGAGAGCUGAAGGUGAACGCUGCCAAAACAAAGACGGGGCGAGAAAGGAACGACGGACCUGCCUAAAGGGUCUUCACUUACCUCUCUUCGUGGGGAAAUUUCAACCACGAUCUGGACCUGGGGACCUCUGUCAUCCACAGCCGGACGAACACAACUGUUUUAGUUUUUGAUUCUUUCCCCCCUGCCGCCAUGACGGUGCCCACAAGACUCAGAGGCUCUCCAGCCGGAAAUAAUAAUCUUAUACAUAAGGGACGUUGAGUUGGUUUCGUUUUUUGUUUUUUUUUUCCCCUCAAAGGACCCUCUCUAGAUUUGGCAGGAAAUUGCAUGUCGUGUGGGUGUUCACAUGUGUGGGUGUGCAUGAGCGUGUGUGUUAUAUUGAGGAAGACUCGUGUAAGACUGUGAAAGCAAAUGGAGAAACAGAUUUAGCCUCGCAACCCCCCAUCUGAGUGAGAAACGGAGAGAGAAGAAAACGGAGGCGAAAGGCCGAUCCGAUGUUGGACAGUGUGCGUUCAGAUUACUCAGAUUUUAUUUUUGUACUCUGUAAAUGUGAAUAUCAUCAGCUGCAUUUAAAGAAAAUAUCCACCGAUUAUCCCCAACUCCAUCAUGUAAAGGUAUAUGUCUUAUCUCACGUUUUAUUUUUUUGUUUCGGACUGAUGCUUCACCGAACAUGUACAUGAACAAAUGCUGCUCUAUACGUGAUCAGAGAUGUUGAGGAAAUCAAAAUAACUUCUGCUCGUCUUCGAAAAGGGAGUAGAUUUCAAUUACGAAAGCUACAGUUUCGCAAGCAUGCGUGAAACACAAACCUGAGCGUCCAUCUCUGGUAUGGAAGGCUUUCAUCUGUGUUUGGAGCGGUCCGUGUGUCAAUCAGUGUAUGUGAAUGUAUUUUUUUUUUUUUAUGUUCUAAGUCUUUUUAAGGUUUGCAACAACUAUUGGACCAGUUUAAUUGAGAUACACUGAUACCUGUAGGAGAUUUUGCUGUGAAACAGCCAAAAAAAAUUAUGUCGCUAAUUCCGAUUUGCUUGAGAAUUGGUCUGCGGCCUGAGCAGCAGCCAGAAGGAGUCGACUGAAGCAGUUGGUUUCUAUGUGCACAGAUUUUCACUACAUUCCCCCGAAAAUGUGUCCUUUAGGGAGCCUGGUCAACUUUGCAUCCCCAAUGUCACGCAUCAAACGCGUCAACAUUUCCAAGUGUUUGGGUUUUAUCAAGUGCCAAUGAGUCUGUAGAGAUGCUACUGUAGUCCGCAGAAGAUACCGUCCAACUAACGGCGAGGUUCAGUUGGACAAAGUGCCAAAAGAUCCAACUGUUUCAGUUUCCUCACUAAUGUGUCAAAAUCGGUUUAUGCUUUACAUAGGACAUAUUUUGGGUUUACUUCAAAGCUCAGAAAGCUGGACUGGCGAGUUUUGAGCGGUACAAAGUGUAAGCAGUGAGUAAAACUGACCGAGGAAAAACUAAAGUCAACCCCUAACCCCAUAGAAAGUGAUCCGUGCUGUUCAAACGCAUCCCCUGACUGAAACCGGGUUAAAACCUGUAGAUUUGAUCCUUUGAAAGCUGAUUUAUUUUCUUCCAAGACAUGUUCGCUUGUUGUUUACAUCGAGUACUUGAAAAUAGGCAUGUACAGUUUUGUUUGUAGAGCGCAUGUACCAGGUAGGUGAAAGGUGCUUCUUUUCUUUGUGGCCUUAGAUACCCACCUGCUUAGUGUUCCUUGAUCUUACCGGUCCUCGGCCAGGGCGCAUCCUUUCAGCGAAUCCUGGCACCGCCACUCAGAUGAGAACUGCGAGGCGAUCUAAAAAGGAGAGGCGAACAGGCCACGGCCUGGCUGAGGCAGGCAGCACCUCUCCCAGCACUCGGCUCAUCCGAGCCGUUUGAAGAGAAGCGCCGAGAAAUGAGAAAGCGAUGGAGGGGUAGAAUGAGAGAGAGAGAGAGAGAGAGAGAGAGAGAGCCCCUUUAGCUCUGGUUUCCCACUCUGGCUUUGAAGCCGUUCUUUGAUCUGAGUUGGUUGUAUGCACUCUGAUCAGGAGAAAACGUCAAACUAAGAGGCGAGGAGAAAUGUCCGAUGACGUGAGGACCGAGAGGCUUUAGCUGAGCCCAGCCAGUGGGGGCAGGAGUUGUAGUAUGUUGCCUCGUCUGAAAAACACACCUGCUGAUUGAAGCAAAGAGCCCGCGCAAACAAAAAGUGGACAGUUCCCUGCAAACGUAUUGACGAUCCCAGAGCAUUUCCCGCAUUUUGCUACAUUCCAGUGACAAAUUUCAAUUUGAAAAUGUAUUUUAUUGGGACGUUAACUGAUACGGCAACAAGGUAGAGCAUACUGACUUUUCCCGCCCUAAUACAAAUCUGAAAAGUGGGGCGUAUAUUUGUUUUCACCCACCCUCUGUCAACAGUUUGUAGAAUCAUCAUUUGCAGCUGCAAGGGUUUUGUGGUCUGUCUCUACCAGCCUGCCACGGCUACAGGCUACAAUAUUUGAUCAUUCAUCUUUGCAGAAUGACUCAGUCAGCUUGGACGUAGUGUGGCAUCUCGGUUUCCAUCUAUCCUUCCUUCAGCUGUGUCCAUUUCAACUCUGUCUGCAGCAAGAUAACAGGAAUGGUGUGUUCAGUGUGAAGGACGGUGUUUAUUCUUGUCCAAUCAUAGCCUUUAUAUGGGCAGAAAUUAUCCGUUUUUGACUCACCUGACCAAAAGACCUUAUUUCACGUGUUUCCUGUGCCCUCUGUGUGACUUCUGUCCCUGUAGACGGGAUUUCUAAUGGCUAUAUUUUGCUACUAUUCCGUCAAGAAAGUUCAUGACUUGUAAUAUAUAUUAAUAGUGGUCUUGUUCAUAGAUUUGACCACCUGGGUUGUGGAGCUCUUCUGGUCCGCCAUAGUUACCAUGAGCCUUUUUCUUAGCGGUAUCAGAGUAAAAGGGGGGCUGAAUACAAAAGCAUGCUACACUUCCUAGAAAGCUAUCACUUCCAUUUCAGCAGCGCUGUUCUGCUUUGUGGUGUUCUAUCACGUAACGUCCAAAUAAAAUAAAGAAUGUGGUUGUAACAUAAAACGGGAAAAGACAAUACCGUCCUCAUCUCAUAUUUUGGACCCGUAUCAAGCAGACAUCAGAUCUAAUGAUGUCCUCGAAAAAAAGAAACAAGUAUAACACGACAUUUAGGAUUUGUGUUUCUCAGCUUACUUUUGACCUAAAAGCUGAAGAACAUGUUUUCCAUAUUCCCACAGGUACGGUCCCUCUCUGCGGGAUAAUUGACCUUUUACUGGAAGGAAUGGGGGGUGGAGAGCCUUACCAGCCUAAUUUGAGGAAAUUAAGGAGCUUGCAAUCUGAAAAUUGACUUCCAAUGAUUUAAAUAUCAAACAAUUUUCUUCUAAUUUCUUUGAAACAUUUGAAACGGAAUCUGUUGAUCAAAAUAUUUGACACGUCAAAAUUAAAAGGUAAGGGCACCAUUUUAUGACAUUUAGUUUUCGCAUUUAUCUGCGAACACGGUAUGCCACAGUUUUUCCCAUACUCCUCGACGUUCUGAUCACCGACUUUAGGUACAAGACAGUGUAGAUACGGACAACAUGAAGCUUCUUCCUUUUGAUGAAGGUGUCUUCCCAGUUUCAGCGACUAGAAUUGUAUCCUCCUCAUACCUCACAUUGCUUAUCUGGAGUAAUGCUUUCUGUUUUGGGACCUUAAUGCCUUUUUAUUUCCUUUUUCUAAGGAAUGAACUUUGUUUGACAGAAUCCUUCCAGCUGUUCUGUGAGCUCGCCUGUGUGACAGGAGCGUGACGAACAAAGUUAGGCUCCAACUGGUUUUGAGAAUGGCUUUGAUUUCUCUCUCUUAAAUCACUUCAUAAUCCGGAUGUUCCUCAUCUGAUAUUUAUGCAUGCAUUUUAACUCGUGCUUUAGUUCUGCCUUGUGUUUUUAUCGGCAUAUCGAUCUGCGCUAUGAUUUAGCCUGACAGCAAUUCUUCCAUUUGUAAAUGUCUUAAAAUUGUCAGCACCUUUUUAUUGUGAAAAGAGAUUUGUUUUUGGGUUGUUGUUUUUUUUUUUGUUAUGAAGUGAUUGCUAGUUUGUGUUACCAUGUUGUACGCUCAUUUUAAUUUAAUUUUGUAAAAGAGAGGAACGUUUCUUUUACCCGUUCUGCAGUGCAGAAUUACGUUUGACUGCCAGUUGUGAGAGAUGUGUAGAGAUGCUCAGAAACCUCAUUUCGGAUGAAGCUGAAUACAGAACUGAAAAUGCUUUGUGAAACUUUCUGCUUCCAGUGAAAUGUGUUAUUCCUUUCACAAAUCAGAGCAUUUCGCUACCUUUUCAGCUUGUUCGCUCGCUUAAUGGCAUCAGACAGACAAACUCAAGUCCCGACCAAUGUAUUACUCUCAAUAUAAAACGAGAAUCCUUCCAUUUUAAACACAUAGUAAAAAAAAAUAUAAAAACUUUUUAGACACUGGAGUACUGUAAAAUAGCAAUUACUGGUAUUGACGAUGACGACGACAAAGAUAAUAAUAAUGGCUGUCUGUUCUUCUUGUUUUAUAAAAGUGUUGUGAAAAUUGUAAGAACUUAAAGUAUUUAAAAAGGUUGUUCUCUUGGUUUUUUUAUUUGCUUUGAUUUUAUUAUAAUAUAUUAUUGUGUACCUAUUGUAAAUAUGAAGCACACCUAUUUUGCAAGCCAAGGAUUCACUUUGUACUGUUGUUAUAUAUAAAUAAACUUUGCUGGUUAAAAUUGCAUUGAA